GCUCCAGGUAUCCUCGAUUAAUGAAGCCUUAUAUGCUUGAAUUUUAGGUUUCUAGUAUUAAGCGAAAGGUUAUACCUAUAAUUAUGGGGUUAGGUCAACCCCAAAUUACUAGUACUGAUAGGCAACAUUGGCAAAAAAGCACUACGCUUGGGAAUCAAGGACACGAAAACUUUGUUUAUCUAUAUCUAUGGCUUAUCGAGAUUGGGACUAACAGGAAUGGUUGGGACAAUAAAUAUCCAUCUCGUUCAUAUUUUGGAUACCCAUAGAACCAUCGAAGAUUAUUGAG